AUGUCCAAACCCGACUGGCAAGCAUCACCAUCAUCCACUCUCACGUCCGAAGCCGAUAAAAGUAAGCAAUCGCCAACACCAUCCAACGCCGCCCCCGCCCCCGCCAGCACAAUGCAAGACGAGAAGGACGAGGCACGCCUGCGGGCAGAAGCCGCAUACCGAUGGGGCAAGACGCCCUCGUCGUCAGGCGGCGGCCCGAGCGAGACGGACCCGGCCCGGCUGCCGGCGAACCACCCGGUGCACAAGAUCCCGCCCGAGAAGCAGGACGAGAUGCGCAGCAAGGGCAUCAACCCGGUGCUGAGGGCCGAGAUGGACGAGGCGACCAAGGGGCAGGGCAAGGCGCGCGGGUUCUGGAGUAAAUAUGGGCUGACGAGCACGGGGCCGUGGAUGAGGUAG